CGCGGAGCGAGCGCGGGACUGCGAGGGCAGCGGCCGCCCGGGGGGAGCCGGCGGCAGCUCGGGGGGAGCGGCGCCCGGGACGGGGCAGACAAAGUAUGGCUGAGCGGGGGGCGGCCGCCGCCGGCGGCCGGCGCGGACAACUUUGCGCGGCGCUCGGGAGGCUGUCGCCGCGGCCGCCGCCGCCGCCGCUGCUGCUGCUGCUGCUGCUGCUGCCGUCGGGAGUCCGAGCUCAGGCGGCCGGGCAGGGGCCGGGGCCCGGGCAGCCGCCGCCGCCGCCGCCGCAGCCCCAGGCGGCCGGGCAGCAGGCGCCGCCGCCGCCGCAGCAGUACCACGGCGAGCGCGGCAUCUCCAUCCCGGACCACGGCUACUGCCAGCCCAUCUCCAUCCCGCUGUGCACCGACAUCGCCUACAACCAGACCAUCAUGCCCAACCUGCUGGGCCACACGAACCAGGAGGACGCCGGGCUCGAGGUGCACCAGUUCUACCCGCUGGUGAAGGUGCAGUGCUCGGCCGAGCUCAAGUUCUUCCUGUGCUCCAUGUACGCGCCCGUGUGCACCGUCCUGGAGCAGGCGCUGCCGCCCUGCCGCUCGCUGUGCGAGCGGGCCCGCCAGGGCUGCGAGGCGCUCAUGAACAAGUUCGGCUUCCAGUGGCCAGACACGCUGCGCUGCGAGAAGUUCCCGGUGCACGGCGCGGGCGAGCUCUGCGUGGGCCAGAACACGUCGGACAAGGGCACCCCGACGCCCUCGCUGCUCCCCGAGUUCUGGACCAGCAACCCCCAGCACGGGAGCGGCGGCGGCCGCGGCGGCGGGGGCGCGGGGGGCGCCUCGGCCCCGGAGCGGGGCAAGUUCUCCUGCCCGCGGGCGCUUAAGGUGCCCUCCUACCUCAACUACCACUUCCUGGGGGAGAAGGACUGCGGCGCCCCGUGCGAGCCCACCAAGGUGUACGGACUCAUGUACUUCGGGCCGGAGGAGCUGCGCUUCUCACGCACCUGGAUCGGCAUCUGGUCCGUGCUCUGCUGCGCCUCCACGCUCUUCACGGUGCUCACGUACCUGGUGGACAUGCGGAGGUUCAGCUACCCUGAGCGGCCCAUCAUCUUCCUCUCGGGCUGCUACACGGCUGUGGCCGUGGCCUACAUCGCCGGCUUCCUGCUGGAGGAUCGGGUGGUCUGCAACGACAAGUUUGCCGAGGACGGGGCCCGUACGGUAGCCCAGGGCACCAAAAAGGAGGGCUGCACCAUCCUCUUCAUGAUGCUCUAUUUCUUCAGCAUGGCCAGCUCCAUCUGGUGGGUGAUCCUCUCCCUCACCUGGUUCCUGGCAGCCGGCAUGAAGUGGGGCCACGAAGCCAUAGAGGCCAACUCCCAGUACUUCCACCUGGCAGCCUGGGCGGUGCCAGCCAUCAAGACCAUCACCAUCCUGGCGCUGGGGCAGGUGGACGGAGACAUCCUCAGCGGGGUGUGCUUUGUCGGCCUGAACAACGUGGACGCUCUGAGGGGCUUCGUGCUGGCGCCCCUCUUUGUCUAUCUCUUCAUCGGCACCUCCUUUCUCCUGGCCGGCUUCGUGUCCCUCUUCCGCAUCCGCACCAUCAUGAAGCAUGACGGCACCAAGACGGAGAAACUGGAGAAGCUCAUGGUACGCAUCGGAGUCUUCAGCGUGCUCUACACCGUGCCGGCCACCAUCGUCAUCGCCUGCUACUUUUACGAGCAAGCCUUCAGAGAACAGUGGGAGCGCAGCUGGGUGGCCCAGAGCUGCAAGAGCUAUGCCAUCCCCUGCCCUCACCACCAGAGCGGUGGGGGGGCCCCUCCCCACCCGCCCAUGAGCCCGGACUUCACGGUAUUCAUGAUCAAGUACCUCAUGACACUGAUUGUGGGUAUCACCUCUGGGUUCUGGAUCUGGUCGGGCAAGACCCUCAACUCUUGGAGAAAGUUCUAUACCAGACUUACCAACAGCAAACAGGGGGAAACCACCGUCUGAGAGAGAGAGAGAGAGAGAGAGAGAGAGAGAGAGAGAGGAGAGGGAGAGAGAGAGAGAGAGAAACAUCAUCCCACAGGCUCGCAACUCCAAGAAAAAGCCAUUUGCAGUUUCCUCUACUUUGCCAUCCCUGAAAAGGUGGCUCCAUAGGACCGGUUCCUCUUGUUUGACUCUGUCUGGCUCUUUCGAGCCAUGCUUCCUCUCACACACAUUUAAAAAACAAAACAAAACAAAAACACCUUCAGAUCCCUAGAACCGUUUCUGGAAGCAAGCAAACAAGGGGACUUAACAGCUAGGAGAGAUUUGGGACAUGACACCUCACUCUCUGGUACCAAGACUUUAUGGUUUUAUGAUUGUAAAUAGCCUGUGUAAGAUUUUUGUAAGUAUAUUUGUAUUUAAAUGAUGGAAAAAUCACAUUUUUAAUUAUUUAGGGAUUUUUAACCAUUCCCAGAUUUUCUUCCUCCGGCUUUUCCCCUCCCCAAGUAUUCCAAAAAGAAAAAAAAGGGGGGGGGAACCCAUUCCCUCCUUCACACAGGUUUUUUUCAGAGCCAUCUGCUCAGGGUUGAGCAGAGAAGUCUUGAUUUUGUUGCCAUGUCUGACAAUUCUCCCCUCCUUUCCCUGUGACCCCACUCCCCCUUUCUGAAGUGGGGUGGGGGAACUCAGAACUCUUCCAGCCUUCCAAACCCUAAACUGGGAGCCCUGCCAGGCUCAAUUCCACCCUCCCCUGGGGGCAGAUUCUGAAGCCUUGUCUUUUUACUUUAUAAAACUGAAUUUUCUAUGUGAACUGUACUCUAAGCUCACCAGGGAUCUGGCAGAUGUGGGUGCUGACAGUCCUCGGCCUCUACCACAAUCCACCCCUCAUUCCCAGGCACUCUUAGAGUGACACUUAACCUGGUUUGAGGAUGAAUAGGAUGUAAAUUCCAAGCUUGUUUUCCAGUCUACUUUUUCAUGGAUGAACUUUUUUUUUUCCCUGAGUGUGUAAAAUCUGAAAUAGAUUUGGCCAACCUCAUGGAAAAAAAUGUGGUGACUGAGCUUUCAGAAGAGGCAUCACACUUUGUGUGGGUUGGAAGAGACUGAAAAUGGUGGUUUGAAAAUGUUAAUUUCAAUUGUAGACUCAUUCUUGGCAGUCUGCCUCCUGGAUUGAGACAGCUUAAGUGUUUAUAUUUUACUUUUCUGUAAACAAAACAGUUGAGAUCACCUGGAAAUCUUUAUUGGAAAAUUGAUAUUUAUUGUCAUUAACAGGACAACAAAGUAUAAAAAGGAUCAGAAAACUUAAGGGGGUUCAAGAAAAUGGGCUUUCUCACAGUGUGUUGCUAUAGUCACUUUUUGAAAUCAAUUUGCAAACCAAUUAAUAAUUAGUCUUGUAAUUGCAGGACUCUCUAAGCAAACAAAAUGUUGUACAUUGUUAACCCAUUCUUGUUCAUUAAGAAACUAAAACUGAAGAGUCCUGGGUGGGGGAGGGAGGACAGUCUGUGCCUCUGCUGAGGAACCUUGAGAAGGUUCUCAGCCUGGAGGCUGAGAAGUAUUAGUGAUUGAUGGGUUUAUUCCCUCAAUAAAAUGAUAUUGCAUACAUUGGGAGAAAAGGGGCCCACCUUCUAAUACCUUAAAAUCUUGUGUGUUUCUCCUUUCCCACAGAUUUAUACAUGCAAGAAAAAAAAAUAUGAUCAAGUCAUGCUUUCUGUGAGUUUGUGUGGAAGGAAAGGAGAAGAAAUACAGCUCUCCUGAUAGCUUUGUUUUAAACUUUCAGAGUAUAUCAUAAAGCCUGUACUUAAGAUCCUAAAUUAAUCUGUGGCUGUCAUAACCCUAAAAUGCAAAGGUUUCUUUCUUUUUAAAAAAUUUGGUAUGCAUUUAUUCUGUUCACUAUCACAAGAUCAUCUAUAUUUAUAGAGGAAUAGAAGUUUAUAUAUAUCAAAUACCAUAUUUUUAAUUUCGCAAAUAAAAAAUUGAGGUUUUGUAUAA